AUGGAGCUGCGCGGGGUAGAGGGGUGGCGUUGUGGGGGGAAGGGUGGGGGAGGGCGCCUGUUCCUGCUGGGCGGCCUCGCCCUGGGUGCGGUCUUCGGCGGGCUGUUGAGGCCGUUUGGCGCCCAGGACUGUUGUGCCCGAUGGGCCUGUUCUACAAAUGAUCGCAGCAGGUCGAAUAUCUUUAUUGUUUAUUUCAUGCUUGUGGCUGAUUUGGGUGGGCGUUUGGGGGGCUCUCGGGGUCGGAACUUCCAAUUGGAAGGCUCCUGCUCGCCUUGGGAUUUCAUUGCGUUUCGCGGGGUGUGGGGAGGAAGAGGUCCUGAGUUUCUUUGUCAGUUUGGUAGUUGA